AUGGGCAACGCAUACUCGGCUCCCCGACCCACAAAGAGACGCUGCCUAUCGGUGCACUCUUCUAUCGACGGCUCGUCGCAGGACACCACUUGCCUCGUCGAGAAACAAAAUGUCAUCGUCAGGGAGAAAGACCAACUAUUUCCCUUUGCCUACACCCCAUAUCCGCCCAUAGUUCUCGAUAAAUUAGAGUACGAGAACUUUCUCCGCCAAUAUCCUGGUCUGUCCCAAUCCCUGCACGUGGGUAACAAGCUGAUCAGUAGCAGAGUACGCGCUAACAUGGAUUUUGGAUACCCUCCGCCGAACUGA